AUACGAGUAUAUAGAUGACUAAACUACAUAAUAAGUAGGAAGUUUUCAUUUGAUUUGUUACCUUUUUCUGGUCUCUUAAAAAAAUAACUUAGUUAAUUUAAAGUCGGUAGAUUAAUCUACCGACUCUGGUUAUAGUAAAGACUAGAGUAAAGAAUACCCGAGGGCGUUGCUGCUGUGAAAGGAAGAAACAUGGCGCUGUACACAGCUGACUGGAACCCGUUGGGACGGGAUUCUUUCUAUCGAAAAAUAGAACUUUAUGAAAUGAAUUGGGGUGAACAAGUAAAUCUUUCAGAAUUUAUUGUUGCUGCUGCUUCCUGUGGAGGACCAAUUGCCAUUAUUCGUGAUGAUAAAAAGAUUCAGAGAAGUUACUCUAGUGGAAAAUCAGAUAUUAUAAUAUUUUCAUCAUCAGGAAAAUUUAUAUCUUCAAGAAAGUGGGACAGUGGAAAAUUGACACAUUUAGCAUGGUCAUCAAGUGAAGAUUUGCUUUGUAUUCAAGAGGAUGGAAUGGUCUUAGUCUAUGAUAUGUUUGGAAAUUUACAAGACACAUUUAGUUUAGGACAGGAAGCUAAGGAUACAAAAGUAAUAGAAUGUAAAGUUUUUUCUAGCUACAAACAUCUCACAGGUAUUGCUGUUUUUACUGGUUCUUACCGAAUAUUUUAUAUAAACAAUACCAAAGAUCCGAGAAUAAAGUUGUUACCAGAAAUACCAGGAAUGGAUACUCCUCCAAGUAGUUGGACAGUAUUAUGUGAUAAUGGAAAAAUCAUAUUCUUAGUAGCCAAAGAUAGUCAGUUAUUUAUGAUUGAUUCCAAAGAAAGGAAAUGGAUUGAAUUAUUUCCAAAAUUUUCAAGUCAAUUAAAUGCAAUUAUAGAAAUGGCUGUUUCAAGUAAUAGCAAAAAUAUAUGUCUUUUUACAGACACGGGUAAUUUAUGGAUUGGAACAAGUGAUUUAAAGGAAAAAUAUUGUGAAUUUGAUACAGAAAGUAGAACAAGACCUCAGCAAUUACUCUGGUGUGGAAAUAGAGCUAUUGUUGGUUAUUGGCAAAAUAUUUUGCUUAUUGUUGGGCCAGAAAAAGAUUUUAUUAAUUAUAUCUUUGAUUCGCCGGUGGUUCUUGUGCCUGAAAUUGAUGGAAUAAGAAUAAUUGGAAAUACAUCUCAUGAAUUGUUGCAGAAAGUUCCAUAUGCUGUAAUGGAAAUAUUUAGAAUUGGUUCUGUCUCUCCAGGAGCUCUUCUUCAUGAAGCUUUUAAAGAAUUUCAAAAAAGAAGCCAUAAAGCUGAUGAAUAUUUAAGAAUGAUUCGUGAAAAAGGUCAAUUAGAAUUAGCUGUAAAACAGUGCAUAGAAGCUGCUGGUCAUGAAUCUACUGUCAUGAAACAAAAACAACUGUUAAGGGCUGCCUCAUUUGGAAAAAGUUUUAUUCCAAAUAUGAAUCCUGAGGAAUUUGUACAAAUGUGUCGCACAUUAAGGGUAUUAAAUGCUAUAAGAAGUCAUGAAAUUGGACUUCCUCUUACAUAUACACAAUACAAAUUUCUAACUAUUCCAGUAUUUUUAGAUCGAUUGGUAUUAAGACGGCACUACUAUUUAGCUAUUAAAAUUUGUCGUUAUUUGAAAAUUCCAGAUAAUGAAGGUUCUAAUCGUAUUCUUGCUCAGUGGGCAUGUUAUAAGGUUAAACCACCUCAACUGGAUCCAGAUAAAGUUGCUAGUCAAAUAGCUGAAAAAGUUGGAUUUGAUUCUGGAAUAUCUUACUCUGAGAUUGCUAAUAAAGCUAUUGAAUAUGGUAACACAAAAUGUGCUAUAAGGUUAUUAGAUUAUGAAGUUAGAGCUUCAGAACAAGUUCCAUUACUAAUUAAACUGAAUCAAGAUAUUCAGGCAAUGAGUAAAGCGAUAGACAGUGGUGAAAGUGAUUUAAUAUAUUAUGUUAUUUUACAUCUAAAAGAAACUAUGGAUCCUGGAGAAUUUCACAUGACACUUAGAAAUUUCAGUGUUGCAUAUGCACUGUUUUUAAAGUUAUGCAAAGAACAAGAUUUAGAGAUGUUAAGAAACAUUUAUUACCAAGAAGAUGAUUUUGCAUCUGAAGGUAAUUGCCGCAUUCUAGAAAGUUAUCAGCAUGUUGAUAAGAGAAUCACCACAUUACAGUUGGCCUUGGAUAGUUACAAAAAAGCAAAAAAUGACUUUGCUGUUAAAUGUACAGAAGAACAAAUUCAGCUUGUAAAAUAUCAACAGAAAUUAGAAGUAAAAUUUGCACAAAAAUAUGUGGAUUUAUCAGUUCAUCAAACAAUAAUCAAAUUAUUGAAACAGAAAGAAUAUAAAGUAGCUGAAGCUUUAUGUAAGGACUUUAAAACACCUGAUAAAAGAUAUUGGUGGUUGAAGGUUGGUUGUUUAGCAGAAACUGGUGAUUGGCUUGAACUGGAAAAAUUUUCUAAAUCAAAAAAAUCUCCUAUUGGUUAUGAACCUUUCGUGGAUGUCUGUCUGAAGUACAACAACAAGUACGAAGCCUGCAAAUACAUCUCCAAGGUGAAAGAAGAAAACAAAGUUAAAUAUCUGGUCAAAGUGGGGAAAUUGGAGGAGGCCGCUAAAUUGGCAUUCGAUCAGAAAGACGAUGCAGCUCUGGAUGCCGUUUUGAAGGCGUGCUCCGUAGUUAACCCGGGACUCACCGAAAAAAUCAGGAUGAUGAAAUAUCAGUUGAGUAGUAAAAGAUGAAUUUCUAUUCUGUUAUUUGGAUGUAAAUUCUUGUUUUUGUACAGAAAGAUCAAAGAAUAAACCUUUGUUUAUAUAAAUUGUA